GAAGUGAUGCGUAGUGGGGGUAAAUAAAAAGCGGGAACAAGAACCCUGUUUUUCGCUGCCAUAUUUUAAACCGAGCUGGUUAGGAAACUAGUGCAGGUAUUAGGAGUCGUUUGUCGGCUCCGCGUUUUAAUUUCUCCCGCUCGGCCUCUGCGGACAAUUUAUUUCUAAUUUGUAGCUGGAAAGUAAAUACGAUCCUGAAAGGAGCGCUUGAAAUGGCGGAUCAGGAACCGAGCGCUUCCACGUCGAGCAUGGCAGGCAGCGGCGAGGGAACUGAUGUUGGUGUGGAACCUAUGAAGUUACUUGGAGUUGGCAAAAGACACAUGGUAAUGGAAGACUUUGCAGCAGCUGUCAAUGCCUUUCAAGAUGCAUGCAGGCUAUUGAGUGCAGCACAUGGAGAAAUAGCUGAUCAAUGUGGAGAAGCCUACUUUUGUUAUGGGAAAGCUCUUCUGGAGUUAGCAAGAAUGGAGAGGGGUGUGCUUGGCAAUGCCCUUCAAGGGGUUCCUGAUGCAGAUGAUGAGGAUGACGAAGACAAUGAUGAAGAAGAAACGGCAACAGCUGAAGACCCCAAAAUAGAAAGUACGGCAAACAUGGAUGAAAAAGAGAGGGAGGAAUUGAGGGAACAGGUGUAUGCAGCAUUGGCUGAAGAAGAGGAUAAGCCAACAGAAACCAAGAUACCAACUGAAAAUGUGUCUAGUGAUCAGGAUGUAGUCCAUGAAGAACCAACGAGUCCAGAGAAAACUAAAGUCAACUCUCCUGCAGUAGAUUCCUGUGCAGCUGUAAGUGAAAAGGGGAUGGAAACUGAAAUAUUAGGUGAUUGUGAUGAAGAUGAUAAAAAUGAACCAAUGGAUGUAGAAGAUUCCCAUCAGAAGAGUGGUGAUGGUGCCAAGGAGGAUGUGAAGAAAAUCCUGGAGGAUAAAACCAUUACUGGUGAAGAGGUUACUGUACCAGAGGAGGGUGAGAAUGUAACUACUGAUGCAUCACUGGAAAGUGUUGGCAAAAUUGAACAAGAAGGAAAAAUAUCUCUUCCCUUGCAAAAAGACAUUGAGGAUGAUCAGGACAAAGCUGAGAAACCAGCACAAGCAAAUCUGAUAGAUGCUGACAGUGAAGAAAAAGUCUCGGUUGAGAAGAUUGAUGGUGAACAAGGUGGAAACCCAGGCUGUGAGGAACCAAUAGAAGAGGGUGAAGGUACCUGUGCAGCAGAUACUAGUGAAGCUGAAGAUGAUAAUGUAGACAGUGCGGAAAAGGAUGGCGAAAGUGAAGAGGUUGAUAACUUACAGUUGGCCUGGGAAAUGCUUGAAUUGGCAAAAGUCAUCUUCAAAAGACAAGAAGCCAAAGAAAUACAACUCUGCGCAGCACAGGCUUAUCUCAAACUGGGUGAAGUGGGAAUAGAAUCUGAGAACUAUAUACAGGCCAUUGAGGAUUUUAAUGAAUGUCUGAACAUUCAGCAAAAGCACCUUGGUCCACAUAACCGACUACUAGCAGAGACCCAUUACCAACUGGGGCUGGCAUACAGUUUUGAUGGUCAACAUGAUUCUUCUCUCAAACACUUCAAAGAGUCUUUCAGUGUUAUAGAGAAAAGAUUGUCUAUGUUAAUGGAAAGGAUUGAAAAAGCAGAAGAGAAGGGCAAAUCUCCAGCAAAAGAUAAUGAUGCAGUUUCUGAAGAUAAGCAAGAAAUUGAAGAACUUAAAGAACUAUUGCCAGAAAUAAAGGCAAAAAUUGAGGAUGCAGAAGAAUCCAAGGAUGGAAAAGCAACCAAAGCUUUUCAGGAAACUUUGGUACUGACUGGAAAAACUGAUGAAACUCCUGCCUCAAGCUCAAGUUCUGUAUCUAACAUCUCUCAUUUAGUAAGGAAAAAGUCCUCAUUACAGAGGAAACCAGAAGACAAUGAGAGGGACAAUAAGGACCCUAAAAAAGCCAAGCAAGAGGAGUCUUCUGUGAAUGGUGGAUGUGGUGAUGCAGCCCACAAUAGGAAUGGAGUUCCUGAGAAAAUGGAAUCUGAAGAAAUUACUUCCCCAAAGAAAUCUGAUCCAGAAGCUCAGAGUACUAGUUAAUAUUUAGAUGGCUGUCAUACUCUACCACAUGACUGUUUUUGUAUAUAAUGUAUUUUUUGAUUGGCUUUUGGAACUUUUUGUAACAUUGUGGAAAUAUUCAAUAAAGAUGUCAUUUGCAAA